GUAACUUAAUGUUCCACUAGUUAGUAGAAGAAAGAGCAGUAUGAUAAUAAAUGAGAAGGAAUUACAGUUUCUCAGAACGCUUCCCGCCCCAGAUCAUCAGAGUGACAGAAAGGGAACGGACCUCAAUAUAGAGUUUGACGGAACAACCGUUUUGUGUCGUGUGUGUGGAGAUAAAGCUAGCGGUUUCCACUAUGGAGUUCACUCUUGUGAAGGAUGCAAGGGGUUCUUCAGGAGAAGUAUUCAACAGAAGAUUCAAUACAGACCCUGCACCAAAAACCAGCAGUGUUCUAUCUUGAGGAUCAACCGAAAUAGGUGUCAAUACUGUAGACUGAAGAAGUGCAUCGCAGUUGGAAUGUCACGUGAUGCUGUGCGUUUCGGACGCGUCCCGAAACGGGAAAAGGCCAAGAUUUUGGCGGCUAUGCAGAAGGUGAAUGCUACGUCUCAUGAAAAGGCCGUGAGUUCAGAACUUGAAGAUGAGGGGCGACUUCUGACCACCAUCAUCAGUUCUCAUGAGAAGACAUGCGACUACACCAGGGAUAAGGUCGCUGCACUGACGGAGAGAGCUCGCACUCAACCAGUGCGUACAAACUGUUUCCCACAUUUGGUGUGUCCCCUUAACCCAGCACCUAUGGAGCAGGGCGAAAACAGUGAGAUGAUGAAACAUUUCUCGGAGUGGUUUGCUCCAGCCAUUUGUGGGGUGGUCGAGUUUGCCAAACAGAUUCCAGGUUUUAGUUUGUUGCCCCAAGAAGAUCAAGUGACUUUGCUGAAAGCUGGAGUGUUUGAAGUCCUGUUGGUCCGGCUGGCUUGCAUGUUUGAUUCAGGAAAUAACAGUAUGAUGUGCUUGAAUGGCCAGGUUAUUCACAGAGAAGCCCUACACACUUCUAACAAUGCCCGUUUCCUUCUCGACUCCAUGUUUGAUUUUAAUGAACGCCUUAACGCCCUAAGAUUGUCGGACGGGGAGCUCGGUCUGUUUAGUGCUGUGGUGUUGAUAGCUGCAGAUCGCCCAGGCCUUAGGAAUGUCGAGCUUGUUCAGAAAAUCCAACAGAAAUUGUCCGAUUUGUUGCAGAAAGUGGUUAUCUCGGGUCAUCCAGAAAACCCGCACAUUUUUGGUGAGCUGAUGAAAAAGAUACCAGACUUAAGAACACUCAACACACUUCACUCUGAGAAGUUUCUGGCUUACAAAAUGGAACCCCAGAAUAAUGGUUUAAUGGAUCCAUCCAGCACUGUGACAUCCUCCACUUUAUUAUCAGCAGACCCUUGGAGCCAAUAUGAAACUACAUAAAUUCUGACCACCAGCAAUUUGACAGUAACAGGAACAAUUACUUAACUGGCCAGCAGAAAGAUCAGCCAGCAGCCUGCAAGUGGAUUACACCUGAUCCUCAUUAUAAUACUGACAGCCCACAUU